AUGUCGGCAGACGGUCACGGACUCCCGGAUAGCGCGAUAAUGGGUGCUCACGACAUUAUCCAUCACGCAGAGCAAGAAGAACACGAGCACGAAGCCGCCUCGAAGCGUGGACUGCCAGACAGCGCCGUCGAGGCCGAGCACGACUUCAUGCAGCAUGCGGAGGACGACCUGGCCCGGCUCGAGAAGAAAGGUGGCGGCCUGAAGAAGAAACUUGAGAAGUUGAUGCCAGGGAAACAUUGA